AUGUUUGAUAUCAAUGGGUUACACACUGUCCCUAUCUAUUGGGUGAGCAUGUUAACCAUAUCAUGGUUACUCUCAUCCAUUUGUUAUCUCAAAGUCCAAAGAAAACUUGUUGGUAGCGUUGGCAUCACUUUAAGGGUAUAUCCUAUCCCUCCUUAUGGCAACGCUACUGGACUUAGAUUACUUAUGGAAGAUCCAGACAACAAGUAUGGGUUAAUAAGCGAAGGUAUGGCUGUCACACUAUCUGCGUACGUAGACGCACUAGUGUGGAGACCUUUCAUCAUUGAUGUAGGCAUACCCGGGGCAGCAAAGAGCUUCGUGGCAGAAUGCAAUGCUUUAGGAAAGAUGAAACACCGGAAUCUUGUGAAGAUCCUAACUUGCUGUUCAAGUGUUGAUUACAAGGGUGAAGAUUUCAAGGCUAUUGUUUUUGAGUUCAUGCCUAAUGGGAGUCUUGAAAAUGUGUUGCAUAAUCAUGAAGGGUCUGAAAAUCAUAGUCUCAGCAUAAUACAGAUGGUAGAUAUUGCUCUGGAUAUAGCUCAUGCAUUGGAUUAUCUUCACCAUGAUGAAGACGAAGUUGUAGUUCAUUGUGACGUUAAGCCAAGCAACGUUCUUCUGGAUGAAGAUAUUGUUGCCCAUUUGGGAGACUUUGGUUUAGCUAGGCUAAUUCGUGGAGCCACCGAACAUUCAAGUAAAGAUCAAGUUAACUCCUCAACAAUUAAAGGAACUAUAGGAUAUCUUCCUCAUGAGUACGGAGCAGGUGGUCCAAUAUCAUCACUGGGAGAUAUCUACAGCUAUGGAAUUCUUCUGUUAGAAAUGCUCACCGGAAAGAGACCAACAGAUAACAUGUUUUCUGAUAAUGUAAACCUGCACCAAUUUUGCAAGGUGAAAAUUCCAGAAGAAAUUCUUGAAAUAGUGGAUCAACGUUUGCUUGAGCCAUUUGCAGAAGAUCAGACAGGAACCGUGGAAAACAAGAUUAGGAAGUGUUUGGUGAUGUUUGCUAAAGUCGGAGUUGCUUGUUCUGAAGAAUUUCCUAAUCAGCGAAUGUUGAUAAAAGAUGUUAUAUUUAGGUUGAAUGAAAUCAAAUCAAUGUUUCCAUGAUAUGAAUACCAUUGCUACUGUCAUAAGAAUGUAAUUGUGUUCAUAAGAAAGCUUAAAAUAGUAUUGAUUUCAAGAGAAAGAGCCAUCUGCUGGUUUUUUUUAAUCAGACUUGUUUUCUGUUAAAUAAAACUAAGAUUUGGACUCAACAAAAGGAAAGAUUUACAUUCCUCAAAGUUUGUUGAUGGUAUGUUAGCACUUACGGAACUUAUUUAUUUGGCAACGAAGAUUGAGAAUGAUUGUCUUAUUUUUAAAGUUGAUUUUUGAAAGCUAGCUUAUAAUUAUGUUAAUUAGUGUUUUCUUGAGUAUAUGUUAGAUAGACUUGUGUUAGUUAAUGCUUUCUUGAGUAUAUAUAUACUAGGUAUAUUUGGCUUUGGAGAACACAGGAAUGCGUGUGGGGGAUGCAUGCGCAUGUGUUGUUUAAAAAUCUUGCUGUUCUACUAAAAAAUUAAUAUUUAGAAGGGACUUAAGCAAAGAGACCCUCUUGUACCUUUUUUGUUCCUUUUAGUUGUAGAGAAUCUGAAUGAUUUGUUUGAUAAGACGAUAGAUCUUGGUCUUUAAUCAAAAUUUAAGGUUCA